AUCGAGAUUGCAGCAGACCCGAGACUCGUACAAGAGCUACUGAGAUAGCAAAUCCCAGCUACCGCGCGCGUAAGCGCAGCGAUCACGGAUUGAAAUGGCGACCAUCGCGGAUGAGCUGCUGAACGACUUUGGUGAUUCUGGAGACGAGAACGACGAGGAGCAGAUCGACAGCACAUACCUCGACAACUAUGCAGAUCAGAAUGGAGAAGCAAAGGAGACGUCAGGCGAGGGUCAGGAAGGUGGCAUGGAGCUAGAUGGUGACGAGGAAGAGCCUGAUGAAGACGUCGAGGGACAUGUCAACCUGAAGGCGGAAACAGAGGAAGACCCCGAAGAGACCAAAGCGCGCGUCGAGAAAAUGGAGCUUCACAAAGUCAGCGAUGUGCGCAGUGUCGCGGGGCUGAUGAAGCAGUUGGAGCCACUUCUUGAGAAAAUCAACCACUACAGAUCGCUUCCUCCUGGACAAGAGACAAGGAAUAUAGGCAACAUUGAAGACAACCCAGAGUACAAGCUGCUCACAGAAUCAAACACUCUUUCCACGGGAAUCGAUGGCGAGAUCAUUCUGGUACACAAGUUCAUCCGCGACCACUACUCAGUACGAUUCCCGGAACUGGAGACGCUUAUUCAAAACCCACUCGAUUACGCCAAAGCUGUCGCCAUUAUCGGCAAUGGUCCCAUGGAGAACAUUCGCGCAAUCAGCGAAACGACCGACAACAUCGUCGGGAAGCCGUUGAAGCAGGUCUUGGAUGGCCCAUCUCUCAUGGUCGUUACUCUCGAAGCCGCAAAGACCAAUGGCCAGCCACUCUCGGAGCCCGAGCUGGAGACGGUGCGCCAUGCCUGCCAAAUGAUCUUCAAGCUUGACCACGCCAAGAAAGUCCUCACCGAAUAUGUCCAAUCUCGAAUGUCCAUGUUUGCACCUAAUUUAACAGCUCUCAUUGGGUCCCUCACCGCCGCUCAGCUCAUCAACUACGCUGGCGGGAUCUCCGGUCUGGCCAAGACCCCAGCAUGCAAUAUCCCACCCCUGGGCAACAAAAAGUCUGCUCGAGCGGUCGGUUUGGCCACCAACACGGGAGUCCGGAACCAAGGCGUGCUCUACGCCAAUGACAUCAUCCGCGACGUCCCAUCCGAUCUUAAAGUACAGGGCAUGCGCAUUCUCUCCGCCAAAGUGGUUCUGGCCGCCCGCAUUGAUUCGGCACAUGAAUCACCAUCAGGAGAGCAAGGUCUCGCGCUGGCCGAGCAGGUCGAGAAGCGCAUCAACAAGCUCUCCGAGGCGGCUCCGAAUAAGGGUGUCAGAGCCCUUCCUGCUCCUGAUGAGAAGCCUUCACGCAAACGUGGUGGUCGUAGAGUGCGCAAGAUGAAGGAGGCGACUGCUAUGACAGAUCUGCGCAAGGCUCAGAAUCGCAUGGUCUUCGGUCAGGAAGAGGCCGAGGUGGGAUACGGCGACGGCACGAAAGGUCUGGGCAUGAUCGGCGCACAGAACGACGGACGCAUUCGUGCACAACAGAUCGACAAUCGUACCAAAGCGAAGUUGAGCAAGAAGAAUCCUGGUUGGGGUGGCACUUCGACAUCUGCGAACGCGAGCGGCACAUCUACCACUCUUCGCAGCUUCGGCGGUGGUCUGAGCACGCCUGGUCAGCUCAAGGCUGCUGGGUUGAGGACUUCUGGCGUUGGUCCGACUGGGUUAAAGACGAACAUUGGCGGUAUGAAGACGAACGUAGGAGGUGCUGCCGGUACGGCAAGUACGAUUGCAUUCACGCCCGUGCAGGGUCUGGAGUUGGUGGAUCCAAAGGUCAGGGAGGAGAUGAACCGGAAGAGGAAAGCAGAGGAGGAUCGAUGGUUCAAGAGUGGUACUUUCACUCAGCUGGGUGGAGGUGCAGCUCCUGCCAAGGUGGACAGUGGGGGAUUCAAGGUUCCUGCGCUGCCCGUGAAGAAGCAGAAGCAGGAUGGAUGA